AAUGUGGGUAAAUAAAAGCCCUGUUUGUGUGCAAAAUAUUAAAACCUACGAUUCCUAAAUGGAUACACUAUUGCAAAGUUGUUAGUUUUAAACACAAAAAGCAUAGGAAAAAUAAUCUACCUACAGUUUUUCUUUCUAUAUAUGAAAUUAAACCUUGUUUUAGUAAAUUUAAACAUAUUUUUGGGAAGUUUCGUUUGCUGAGUAUAGCAACAUACUUUUUUUUGUUUUUAUUUUGAUUUCGAUCGAGAUUCGAACACGGAAGUUGCUUUUCUCGUUGUGUUGACGCUCGCAUCUCGCAAGUCCCAUUGCGAAACAUGUCCUAUCGCAGUUUUCGAAGUUUGUAAACAUACAUCAAAUUAUGGUGAACAAAACAUCCUAUCCGUAAUACGGAGUGUGAAACAUGGCUUCGCGUGGAGAAAAAGUAAAUGGAAAUGGCGAGGAGCAGAUCGUCGAGACGUUGGCGGAGGUGUUCCGGUGCUUCAUCUGUAUGGAGAAGCUGGUGGAUGCGCAUUUGUGCCCCCACUGCUCAAAGCUCUGCUGCUAUGCUUGUGUGCGACGAUGGCUUACGGAGCAGCGGUCCCAGUGCCCACACUGCCGAGCAGCCCUUCACCUCCAUGAGUUGGUGAACUGCCGCUGGGUCGAGGAAGUCACACAGCAAAUAGAAACCAUGCAACAAACUAAUUCUGCUUGUCAAAGGGAAAGUUUUCGGGACAGAUGUCCAACUCAUCAAGAGAAGCUGACAGUCUACUGUUGGACGUGCCGUCGUUGUAUCUGCCACCAGUGCGCUUUGUGGGGUGGCACACACUCCGGUCACACAUUCAAACCUCUAGAAGAGGUUUACAAUCAACAUGUGACUCAGAUACGAGACGAGGUUUCACAGCUGAGACGUAGGAUCAUGGAACUUAUAAGCCUUGUUCAGGAUGUGGAACGGAAUGUUGAAUCCGUACGUUCAGCGAAGGACGAGCGCGUCCGCGAGAUUCGGAACGCGGUCGAACUAAUGAUCUCCCGAUUGGACUCCGCCCUGAAAGCCAAGCUGCUCACACUGAUGGGACAGAAGAACAGCCUCACCCAAGAGACUGAGCAACUUGAGCAUUUGCUACAGGAGGUCGAGCAUCAGCUGCAUUCCAGCACUAGAUCCGAAUUGAUAGCAAAGAGCGGUGAGUUAUCGAAAAUGAUUCACCAAGUACGGAAAAAGCCGAUGGCGAGCUUCGUUACUGCACCCGUACCGGCCGAUUUUCACAGUGAAAUCGUCCCGAGCUACGACAGCAGCACAUUCCCAUUGGCCCACUUCACACAGCUGCAGCACGCGGCAGCGCCCGUAUACUCUGCGGCACUGCACGUGAACGGUCUCUGCUGGCGGCUGAAGGUGUACCCCGACGGCAACGGCGUCGUGCGAGGAAACUACCUCUCCGUCUUCCUAGAGCUCAGCGCCGGCCUCCCCGAAACCUCCAAAUACGAGUAUCGAGUGGAGAUGCUACACCAAGUGUCUCGAGAUCCGUCGAAGAAUAUCGUGCGCGAGUUUGCUUCGGACUUCGAAGUGGGCGAGUGUUGGGGCUACAAUCGGUUCUUCCGAUUAGAUCUCCUCGCCAGCGAGGGUUAUCUCAACCCUGACACGGACACCCUUAUAUUAAGGUUCCAAGUGCGUCCACCGACGUUCUACCAGCGUUGCCGCGACCAGCAGUGGUACAUUACCCAGUUGAUUACGAUGCAGAAUCAGCACAUCCUACAAAUCAAUGAUCUCAAAGAGAGGCUGACAUUGGAAAUGUCUCGCAACUCGAUAGCCGCGACCCGUUCUACGCCAAACGGUUCAGUGACGUCACAGUCCAACGUCACAGGCAACAACGAUACUGACAACCCUUCGCAGAACAAUCCCGUCGAUGGUGGUAACAACAUUACCGCUGCGAUGAUCAGCGACCACCAGUGGAAGUUUACUAUGCCCCACAACAUUAUUAGUGGCCAGAGGUUGACAAGUCCAGGUGCUGCAUUCGAUGAGUCGUGCAACAACGCAGUUUGUCGCUUCGGCGACUACGUAGACCGAUCUCGCGCCGCUCAACACGUGCUCGACGCACCUCAGAACUUACCUUCCACUUCCAGGUCGACAAAUUCGCUGCAAGCUGGUGGUCCGGACAACUUAGCGUUGGUCAGUCUGCACACGCUUCUGAGCGCGGCCGGCGCUGCCCCCGCGCCCCGCAACACCCGCAUGCGUACACGUCCCGACAAGCAGACCGUUGCCGACUCGCCACUUACCGCGGUGGCGAGCACGCCGAUUACGGAGGCGUCCACGGGCAACACAACGGUGUUGUGUUCGUCGCUAUCGUCCCCGGAGCUGAAUGCGACGGGUGGCGAGACGCAGGCCGACGCAACCGCGGCACCCCCCACUUCUGAGGCAGGCCCCGCAAUCCCCGCGCAACCUGCCUCGGAAUCCAGCAGUGACACCGGGGAUUUAAUGUUCAAUCAAUUGGACUAUGCAUUUGUUGGCGAAAACAACCCUAACCAUGUUGACGAGAACUCCAACGAGGAGAAUGAUGUGGAUGAAGAAACUAUGUCAGGAGAAAACGAUAUCGAGGGCGCGUGCGGUGAUUCUAGCCGGCCAAACGAAGAGGGCGAUAUACUAAGUCGACUUCUGUGCGCGGUGCACGGGCGGGGGGUGACACCCGCCGGCAGCGACGGGCCGGUGUCACCCGCUGACUCGCCUUACGUACCACCCGGGUUCUCGCCGUACUCGCCGUAUCACCAUCCGCACACGGUGCUGCAAACACCCACGCCCGCGAGGCUUGACGAUCCGCAGCUGUCGACGGCUGCGCACACGGACAUGUUACUGUUGAAUCUCAUGCGCAUUAAUGGACUGACGCCCAAGUGUUCGCGGAGUAGCAAGCACGUUCCAAAACGCAACUGGGCCACGUCGUCACAAAGCGACCCCACAUUGCCGCGAACUAAUUGCGGGGGCGCGACUCCACGACCCCCGCGCAAUAACCCCAGCCGCGGCCGACGUCCCCAGCGGUCACCGCGGAACCCACCACUGUCCCCAGGGCAACUACAUCGUGACAACGUACCAGGCUCGGUUGGCUGGUCCAACGCGGCUCAUGGCAACUCCGCGACCUCCGCCGAGGGCGGCGCAGCCCUACGCGAGUGCUACUGGCCCUCGGCAUCCUCGCUCAGCGACACCGACGACGUCGAGGUGGUUCUCGACUACAACGACACUCUGUUCGAUAUGCUGUUAAACAGCCUAUCGCUUGAGGGUGCAAACAUGGCGGAAUGUGACGACGCACCCCCCGUGCAGCCUUGGAGCCCGCCGCGCGACCCGCGCACCGACUGACCCUGUCCCCUUCACCCGCAACCAGAAACGCACCCGCAACCGCACGUCCAGCCGCAAUCGCAACCGCAGACGCCGCUGUCUUACGACUUGGCUGACUACGACGAUGAUCUGCACUACCGACGCGAAUAUCAACAUUGAACUUUUAUUUUGGGCAUCUACUACUGUGUGUGACAUACAGUGAUAGUGUGUGACAAACAGUCGCAGUCUGUGUGUGCGCGAUUCGCGCAAGCAACUAAUGUCUGAGAGAAACUAGUUUGGCAAUUUUUGACGAAAAGUUCAGUAUUCUUAGUACAAGAUUUGCUCGCUCGCAAUCGAAGAGUCGUUUUCGUUAAUGAAACUCUGUAUCGUAAAAGUCAAAUGGACCUAAUGUCGCUGGUUGUGGAGUCCUGCACUUCUGAUUUUUGUUUUAAACACUAGGUAAAACUGUGGGCAAAUGUAAGCUUUAAUGCAAUGCCAAUACGAUCCAUUUUACUCCGAUGUUCAAGUAUAUACUUACGUAAGUAUAGUACUUUUGAAGGACAGUUAGCACGUUAAGCGUCCUGAGUUUUCGAGUAUCGCAUACUAAAAUGGUCUUUAUUUUCCUUUCAUUAAAGUUUGAAUUCGUCCAUACGGUCAGUAGCGAAUACUUUGUCAAACAAAAAUCGUUACGGUACCGGGUAGUCAUAAGGAACAGAACAUUUUAGUAUGACAUCAGUGUUUCGAUAUUCUUUAGACUCUUACUUUAAUUUACCUUUUUAUCUAGAAAUCAGAAUGAUAUAUUGCAUUUACUAGAAUUUUCUUGGUGCGUUAUAUUUUUGAAUAAUAAUAAUUAUGUUGUUUGGUGUGAUUGUGGAUUAAUACUGAUGCGUUGGACUUUAUAUUAAAGUGAUUGAACUACAUAAACAUAAACUAACCGGAUCAUUUUUUGGAUAGUAAAAUGUUUUUUCUCAUAUGAUGGCGGUGUAAUGAUGAUGACACAAAAAUAGUAAUCUGAGAUACUUAGUAAAACGUUUUAAACUUUUCGUCCACACUUUGUAAAUUAAAAAUCAGUAGUGAUUUGCGACUCUAAAAUGUUGUAACUUGUUACAUUGUCUCGAUACUCGAUAUUAACUUAAUGGUUGCGAACGAGAAAAACUCAGAGUAAUAGAGUAAUGGUACCGAAAGCUGCAUUCUACUAUGGAUCACAAAGUAAGUAAGAAUUGCAUUAAACAUGGGUUACAUAAUAUGUUACAAACAUGUUUUGCCCUUUGGACCAAUUUUAUGUUGCACCUAUUUUGUUUUGCAAUGGCAUGCAAAUUUUUUUCAUAUUAUUAUGUAACCCAUGUUUAAUGCAAUGAAUUAAUUAUUAUUGUCAUUCUUACUUUAUUAAUCUCCCACUGAGUUAUUCCACCCACGACGCUGCUGCAAUGCGGGUUGGUGGAUUUUAACGAUUAUUAUGACAUGUUAGUUAUAAUAAACCAGGACCAAUGGCCUAAAGUAGGUAAGUAGUUGCUGAGGUGGACGAUGACAAUUAUCAAAUUCAAAACUCAAGCUUAUUCUACCAACCCAUUCUAGGCCUUACCCGGGAAUAUAACUUAGGACUUCGUGAUCCGUAGUAGAACACGCCACGAGAGACAAGCACAAGGCAGUUGAACGGAAUAUAGAUGUCACCUUUAUUACAUUAAAUACAUAAAUGCAGCUUUCGGUACCAUUACUCUAUUACUCUGAGUUUUUCUCGUUCGCAACCAUUAAGUUAAUUGGGACCCUAACUUGGGUUUUCGGUAAUCUCAUAAAAAAAUGAUCACAUUGCAAGUGCGUGCCAACAAGACAGUUUUAUAAAAUUACUGUACGUACUGACUACUGACCCCGCUGGUCAACACAAAGCGAUUUUGUAUUAAAUCAAAGGCAGUAUUUCGUUCAGGGAUACCGAUUUUUGUGAAUUUUUUUUUUUAGUGUUCCAACUAAUAUGAGAUAUUAAUGUUGGAACUAUCGAUAUUACAAUCUUGGAAUAAGAGCCAUGGCAUAAUUUGAUUAUACUUGUCAAGAUAUUGCAGAGAGCAAGGGACUUGCGUCAACCCGCUGUGGGUAAACUCAGUUUAGUUUUAUUGUUGUAAUGAGUGCCUAGUAUGAGAUUUUCUACCUACGUUUACUUAUACGAUAGCGUGUAAAUUAGCUACGAUUUAUGUGGUAUCGACGCAGCGCCAACUAGUGAGUAAACGGAGGUAGUAAAUCUCUGACUUGGCACCCUGUUAAGAUGUGUAUGAAAGUGUAAGUAAAAAUUAUUUUGGGCAUUAUAAUGUGUACUCAAAAUUUGAUCUCCCGUAUUUAUUGUUAAGGCAAUGCCCGUGUCAGUAGAAAUGUUAUCUGUUUCCGACUUCGUGUAUAUCGCUACAUGUUUAGGGUCCGCUCAGACAUUAGGGUCAGGGACCCCACAAACAAUGUAGGAUCUGCAAGUUCACUGUAUUAUAUGAUAGCAGUUUAAAGUUAAUAAAAUUAAUAAUAAAUGUUUUCCGGAGGAUUAAGUUUUAUAUUAAUUAUUAGGCAUAAAUGAAAGUAUGUGCUAAACGUUUAGAAUUUUUUGACUAAUAAAAAAAAAUGGCAAACUGUGGAUUCUUCAUUUUAUAGGGCGUGGACCUGUACUUACUAAAACUGUGUGGUUAUGAAUGUUCCGGAACACUGACGAUUCUAAUGCAUAAUGCAGUGAAAGGUACAAAUGCACGCAUUUUUUUCCCUGACGGAACAGUUAAGGGGCACACUGACCCUGAUAUGUCUGGAAAGACCAUUUGUGUAUUAAUAUUGUAAAACAUUCUGGUUAUAAGAUUGAUGUCAUAGAUGAAUAGAAUUUGACAGGUGUUUCACAGUUUCUUCGUUUCAAAUAGAGCGAUAAUACAAAUGCUUUGACUAAAACACACGUCUUAAAGUUGUUUUCAUGUUAUUUAAUAUUCACGGAGUAGAUUUAUUGGUAAUUAAUAUUGAUGGUAGUUUUUGAACUUAUAUUGAUGUCCGAUAUUGAAUUAGGUAAGAGUCAUUCCAGGGCUCUGAUUUUCCAUCAUCAAUCAAUUGUAACACACUAUUAAGAUCUUCAUACAAAUAACAACUCAUACCAGAUGAACACCGACUUGAAUCAAAUUUUAUUGAAAUAAUAUAUAUAUAGACGGCAUUUAAAUGUGAGUUUUAUAUCAUGCGAAAAAAUUGUUAUUUAUGCAACUGUUACGAAAUGCAUUUUUAUUUGUGCUAAGCAAAUUAAUUAAAAAUUGUGAUUUGUAAAGCACAAUGCGAAACGUGCGUGGAGAGUGGAUUUUAGAAGAUUUGAGCGGUAUGGUAAAUAAAAGAAUACGAUGAUGCUGUGAAGAAAUUUUUGAUUAUAUAUUUUAAAUUAUUUUUUUAUGUAAAAGAAUUAAUUCGAGUUUAUAUAUUUUAAAUUAUUUUUUUAUAUGACAUUAUUAACUUUACUGCUUUUCAAAAUCAAGUCCAAUGUCGAGUUCAUUGGGUAUGGGAAGGGUAAGCUCGAGUUCUGAUGUGAAUUUGGUCAGAAUGAACAGUGCCAAAAUUUAACGACGAAUAAUUUUCGGGUGCAGUCAAGAAUUGAAAUCUCAUUGGGAAUUGGGGCCCAGUUUACAGAUAUUGAAAUAGUCAGUUUAAUGUUUGUUUAAUUGUAGCGAUAUUACAAUAAGUGCAUUGGCCAGAGUCUGGACUGGUAUGGAUUUAUCUUAUUAUCUACAGGUAAAUCUCAUUAAUUCUUUACUUCUUUUUACAAUUCCUCAAAUAUACAAGUUAGGUUUCUUCCAUGUUGUUUAGGGGUCAAGAAGUUAUAUAGUUUUAAAAUACAAAAAUUGAGAGUGGCAAUCCUUAUUAAUAACAUUGCGAGUUAAGGUCUUUCUUGUAAAGGGCUCUAUCUAGCGUCUAGACCCAAGAUGUCCGUAUAGAUAAACUAUCGAGCUAAAAUCUGGUUUCCAGUAAUUGCCAAUCUUAAGAUUGAUCUUGAGAAACUGUUCAUAGCCUAAUGUGAUAUUAUUAAUACGAGCCCUUUAUGAGUAUCGAAUACAUAUCCUUCAAAAGAUAUUAGCUGUCAGUCCAGACGCGGCCAUAUUGUGGCAUAGGUGACGUAGUGUUGUUGACUGAAAGUUCAAAGUAAGCUAAGUGUUUGAGCGCUAAGUGCUUUUUGUUUAAGGCUUAUUUUUGUGCUUUAGCUUAUUGUAUUGAUGUUUAUAAACACUAUUAGAAGCUAUCAGUAUAAAAAUAAAUAAUAAUCGGUAUAAUUUAAUUUAAUUUAUCGUGUAAUGAUGUGUACUGGCCCGAGAGGGCGUAGACAAUGAAAGGGGCGUUUGAUUAAAGGUAAGACUUGGUAUCUUACCUAAUUAAAUUUACAUGAUGGGUACAAUUGAUUUGACAAAUUACAUAAUAAUAUAUUUUUGAUUGUCGGUUGUUGUAUUGAUGUCAUUAAAUGAAUGUAAUAAAGCAUUAAAAAUUUCA